CAGGAACGCACUCGCGCUUUCAUAAAAGACCCAGAGAAUCCCUCAUGCUCUCACACUCUCAGUAAUCGAAACAUGGCGUCCUCAUCAGAGUGGGAGGAGGGGAUUGAGGGAAACUUCCUACUCAAUAAAGCUGUUGUCAGGGUCUUGCCUUCAGGAACCAAACCUCUUUCUGCAGAGUCUUGCGGGACAUCUUCAUGGACCAAGACCGCCAAAAUCUCCGUUAACUUGCCAGACGGGGCUUUCAAGAGAUACUUCCUCAAGACCGCAACGGGGAAUAGUGCUCGCGCACUGGCCGAGGGCGAGUUCCAUUCUGUGUCCGCUAUCGAUGCCGUGGUGUCAGAUCUGGUGCCAAAGGCUGUGGGCUGGGGACAUUACCAGAACCACAAGUCACAAGAUGUUCACUUCUUCCUGGGGGAUUUCCAUGAUAUGGUUCUGACCGAAGAACCGCCCGAUCCAGCGCAUUUCAUGUGGCAGAUAGCACAGAUGCAUCAAAAGGGAACAUCCCCCAAUGGAAUGUUCGGCUUCCCGGUACCUGUUGUUUGUGGCAUCAUGGAGCGUACCGUGACCUGGGAAAAGAGCUGGGCAAAAUCAUUCACCCACCAGCUGAAGGAUGUCAUCAAAUACGACAACCAGACGAACGGGCCAUGGCCAGAAUAUGACGCUGCGUGCAAGCAACUCAUAGAUGUGGUCAUACCGAGACUCCUGGGAGCCCUGCAGUCUGGUGGCCGCGAAAUUAAACCCUCACUGAUACACGGUGACUUGUGGGAACAGAAUAUCGGAAUCGACAUGGAAACAGACAAGGCGAUCCUCUUCGAUGCUGGCUGCACCUAUGCGCACAAUGAAAUGGAAUUUGGUACUUGGAGGUGCUCAUGGGCGAUAUAUUUCAUGGGGCAGAAAUACAUGCAGCUCUACAAGAGCCAUGUUAAGCCCUCCGAGCCAAAGGAUGAGUGGGACGACCGGAAUCGACUUUAUAGUAUUCAUCCGUACUUAAAUGAUUCAGCAGGCCAUCCAGGAAGUGUUUCAAGGCAACGGGCGUACAAUGAUAUGCUAUAUCUUUGCGAGAAAUACGGCCCCUUGGAAACCCUCGGGAAGUAUGAUCCCAAGAAAGAUAUCAGCGUUACGGGUGAUCAUGUGCCAUAUGUUAUAGAGCAGCUAAAGGAUUGACAUGCAUAUACCCCCACUUUUCCCCAGUUUCGUGCAGAUCCCUUAAGGUGUACUGUACCUACAACUUCUAAAGGAGCCAUUUCUGUCAGUGUAAAUGGAUAGAGAGUAUCAUGAUUAUCAACAAGCACCAGCACACUUGCAGUCGGAUCAAGAAGGAUAUAGUUCCUAAAGUUUUGUCG